AUGAGUGAUGCCCGCGCACCGAGACUGCGAAAAACGGCAUUAACUGGCUGGGAAUCGGUGACUAUUGAACAUAGAUCUAAAUUGUACGCUCGUUCUCUGCCAACAGUGAUCCAUAGGUUAUGUUAUAAAGACACUGGCAAGAUGAAUAGCGCAGGCAACGAUAGUUUUGAGUAUCUUCUUCAAUUGACUAAAACAUUAACAGCAGAAUGCCGGUCCAACAGGCAAGAAACUGACCGGAUAGAAUUAUUAUUAAAACGCCUUGCCAAACAAUCAGGGAUAUCUUACGAUAAAUUGAGCAGAAAUAUAAUUCCAGAUCAAUGGAAAGAUAAUGAAACUCAAACGGUAUCGACUCCCAGCGAAUCACAACUGCUCAUUUAUGAUAAUUUCAAGUUGAUAUACGAGAUUGAAAAACAAGAAUACUUCAAUGGGAAGAUUAAUGCACUGAUCAGCAAUAUAAAUGAGCACUUCUCUUAUAUAAAAAACUUUAUUGACGAACAAAAUGUAAUAAGAGGACGAGAUGUUGCCGUAUUUGCAUCAGAUAAACUUGACGAAAGAAAUAUAAAUUUGCAACAAAAUUACAACCUGCUGAAGACAGAAAACGAGGAAACAAAAAAGAAAUUGAAUACCGUUAUUGAGCAGUUCGAAACGCUACUGAAAGAAAUUGAUUGGGAGUCUAUACCCAAAGACUCUAGACACUAUACUCGCUUUCAAAAACAGUUAGAAUAUUUGCAAAACGCAUACCAAAUAUUAAAAUAG